GGCGUUCGUUUGUCUGUUCUUCUACCUGAUCUUAACGAUAUGCCACAGCCUAAGCCGAUUUUGUAUUACGACGACCGCAGUCCGCCCGUCCGCAGUUGCCUUAUGCUAAUCAAAUUGCUGGAUAUAGAUGUCGAGCUCAGGUUUGUGGAUCUCUUCAAGGGCGAGCAAUUCCAAAAAGAUUUCUUAGCGUUGAAUCCCCAGCACAGUGUGCCCACCCUAGUCCAUGGUGAUCUGGUGCUGACGGAUAGUCAUGCUAUACUCAUCCACCUGGCGGAGAAGUUCGACGACGGCGGUAGUUUGUGGCCCCAGGAGCACGGCGAGCGGAUGAAGGUCCUGAACCUCCUGCUCUUCGAGUGCUCCUUUUUGUUCCGGCGUGACAGUGAUUUUAUGUCGGCGAUUGUCCGCCAGGGAUUCGCCCAUGUCGAUGUGGCACACCAUGAACGCAAGCUGACCGAGACGUAUAUUAUCAUGGAGCGCUACCUGGAAAAUAGCGAUUUUAUGGCCGGGCCACAGCUGACGCUCGCCGACUUAUCCAUCGUGACCACACUGAGCACCGUCAAUCUCAUGUUUCCCCUGUCGCAGUUCCCACGUCUGCGGCGCUGGUUCACCGCGAUGCAGCAGCUGGAUGCCUACGAGGCCAACUGCAGCGGCUUGGAGAAGCUCCGCCAGACGAUGGAGCGGGUCGGCAGCUUUCAGUUCCCAUCCUCAUCCGCCCCAGGCACCGAGAAAGUGGAGUAGCACUGGUUAUCAAAGCGCAUGUUUAAUUAAGCAUCAAACGGAGUUCAUUCAAUGUUUGAUCCGCACGUGUAGAUUUUUUAUCUCCUGACAUUUCUAUUAAUGCUAAAAAUUAUUGUUCAUAGAGUUGAAGUCAUAAUAAAACUUAAAUGGGA